AUGAAGAAAACACACUCAGAAGUGGACCCGAUGAUGCAGUAUGCCUUAAACCAUUCGAAAAGCAGCGAAAACAGCUCGGAAAGCAGCGAAAUAGAGUUUGUCGGGCAUGAGGAGUCUAUGCAUGGCAGCACGGUUGUAGGGGACAGCACGGCAAACCAGCCGUACGACUUAACAACAGAAAACACGCUAGAAAAUUCAGCGAUGCAAAACGCGCCCAUGUCGGAAAGCAUCUUUCUAGAAGGGGGGCGUGCGCCAGAGCAGGCACAUUUUUCUCAGAAAAGAGAGUGGCAGCCCUAUGCGACGCUGCACGAAGAGGCCGAGAUAGUUGAGAUGAGCCAUCUGGUGUGCGAAGCUAUGGACAAAAGCAUGCUUGAUGUGUACCGGCUGCUUGAGAGGAGAAAAAUGCUGAUAUCUCGGGUGAUGGAAAAAAGCCAAAAAAGCAGGCCUUCCGAGGAGAACACGAUCUUUUGUGCAAAAGCCGCGGAUGCUUCUCCCGGGAAAGGAGGCCGGCUCGAUAAAAUGGAAGAGGUUCCCUCAGACGGGUGGCCAUACAUAAACAGCAACUCGCCGCGGGCAGACACUGCACUUUUUUCCAGCCCCCCAGGGGAUGGAAGUGUUCGCAGUGUUUUGCGCAUGAAAGAGCCUCCUCUAAGCGGCAGACAAGCGACAGAAUGGCACGCAGACACAAGCAUGUCUCGAAUUCCUAUUGAAAGCCUGGCCAGCGCCAGAAGCAGCCAAAGAACAGGCCCAGGCAUAGAAGCGCCAGCAGAGAUGCACCGCAUGCCCCAGCAAGAAGAGCUGCCGGCUGAGCUCUCCUUCCAGCAAAGGCAGGCAUAUGUGUGUCUGAGGAAAGUGUUUUUUCUGCAUGACUUCCGGCAAAACCAGCUCCAAAUCGUCAUGUCUGUGCUAAGCGGCCGCGAUGUGUUUGUGCUCAUGCCGACUGGCGGGGGAAAGUCCUUAACCUUUCAGCUGCCAGCGGUGAUUUCUCCGGGCAUAACGGUUGUGAUAAGCCCUCUGCUUGCGCUUAUCCAGGACCAAAUAAAAAACCUCCUUCUUCGCGGGAUCCCUGCGGUUGCCAUCAACUCUUCGCUGACGAAGACGGAGAAAGACAUCGCGUACAGAAUGCUCACCCAGCACGGAAUAGAGAAGGACAAAACCCUGCCGGCCGCGCAGCGCAUGCCUGCGGUGAAGAUAGUGUACGCCACUCCCGAGCUCCUUGUGGAGAGCAGAACCUUCAACCGCGCGCUGGAAACGCUGCAGGAAAACGGCCGUCUCAGCCGGUUUGUUAUAGACGAGGCGCAUUGUGUGUCCCAGUGGGGGCACGACUUUCGGCCAGACUACACCCAGCUGUUCCGCCUGCGUGAGCUCUACCCGUCGGUGCCUAUCACAGCCUUGACAGCAACCGCAACUGCAGCCGUGAAAAAGGACGUGAAAGAUGCGCUGCGCCUGCAAAACUGCCAGAUGUUCACCCAGAGCUUCAACCGGCCAAACCUGAAGUAUCUAGUGAUGCCAAAGGGGAAAAACCCAAUUCCAAACAUUGUAAGCUUUAUAGAAACAUACUACCCCGAAGACUCGGGCAUCAUAUACUGCCUUUCCAAGCGAGACUGCGAGUGGCUGGCGGAGACGCUGCAGAAAGACCACAAAAUACGCGCGGGGUACUACCACGCAGGCCUUUCCACCCGAGAGCGAACCGAGCGGGCUCGGGAGUGGGACUCAUCCAAAAUCCGGGUUAUUGUUGCAACAAUCGCGUUUGGGAUGGGGAUAGACAAAAAGGACGUGCGCUACGUGAUACACUACUCUCUGCCAAAGUCUCUGGAGGGAUACUACCAGGAAACAGGCCGGGCAGGGCGGGACCAGCUGGACUCUGUUUGUGUUUUGUACUAUGCGUACGGAGACAAAAAGAAAAUAGACUACAUGAUAGACGUAAACACAAGCUCGUCGCCAGAAGCCAAAUCUCGCCAGCGAAGGCAUCUGCAAGAGGUGAUUUCCUACUGCGAAAACAAAACAGAGUGCAGGCGGUAUCUUCUUUUGCACUACUUUGGGGAGGUGUUUGGCAAAAACUGCGGAAGCGGCUGCGACAACUGCCAAAGAGACGGGGUUGUCGAGCAGAUAAACUGCUUGGACGAAGCCUUGCAGAUCAUUGACAUAGUGCGGAAGUCCAAGCUCAUAACAGAGGGCCAGCUCAUAAAGGACAUGCGCCUGCACUCCAAAAAAUCAAAAGACAUUUUGUCUAGAACUGUUCGAUGGCUUGUUGGAAAGGGGCACCUGGAGACAAAGCUUGUGAUGGGCGCGCGAGGCUUCUCCUGGAGCUACAUAAAGCCCGGGAAAGGGAUUCCAGCCGAUGCAUACAUAAGCACACACAGCGACGAAGCCCGGGGAAUGCCUCGCCCGAAGGCUUCCAGAGCAAAGCCCUCGUCUGCCGCGCACAAAUACUCGCAGAAAAUGGAUGGGCUGGACGAUCUUGACAUAUAG